AUGUUGAGGCGAUACCUGCCCGUCCGGAGGUGGCCAGGCCGGUACCGAUCCGUCGUGCUGGUCGCCGUGCUGGCCUUGUUCGUGCUGCUCAGGAGUCUGCCGUCGCUGAAAAGCGAGCUGGACAGCCGUGCGGGUGCUGCAAACACAGAGGACCGGCCGCACUACCUCUAUCACUCCGCAUUUCGUGAGAAUCCUGACCUGUUUUACGAAGAGCAACUGUCAAUUGCCCUGCAAGACCUCGAGCAUCAGCAAUUGUCGCUCAACGGCCAUGAGGACACGGCGGACACGCUAUGGCAGAUCAUGCUGGGGCAAGAUCCUAGUGCGGAGAAACGCGGGGACGACUCGCUGGAUUUUGAGGAGAAGAACUCAGAAUGGAAGUAUUCGCUUGUGACAACCGAAUGGGCCGAAGAGUUCGUGACCAUCACCCUCUCCUCCAUCCCAGGCCUCGCGAGUUUAUACUAUUCAUACCCGCAUCACGUCCUCCGAGCGGACUUGCUGCGCUAUCUGAUCUUGUGGUAUUUUGGUGGCUACUAUGCGGACACAGACAUCUUCCCCGCUACGUCGAUCAAGCAAUGUCCAUCACUAAGAGAGUCGGUGUUCCAGACAGAGAAUCCUGACGUUUCCCUGGUCGUGGGCAUUGAGAUCGACGAGCCUUUCGCUUCGUCUCGGAAAAUGCGCGACUGGCACUGGGUCCGAAGCUACGGCUUCAUUCAGUACACCAUGUACGCACCGCGGCGGUUCAGUCCGCUGCUUAGAGAGGUGAUUGUGCGGGUACUGUCGCAUACCCAACGCCAUCUGGAUGAAAGCAACAUAUUCCUUGGCGCAAGAUAUAACGAACUCACUACUCUCGAAAUCACCGGGCCGGGGGUCUUCACGGACGCCAUUCUGGACGUUCUUUCUGACACAUUGCCCGCCAUCCACCCAUUGGUCUCAGGAUCGGUCGAAGCGGACGCAGACCUAGGAGACCUUAUCCCACCAUCAUCAGCGAACCCUCUAGAACGCGUGACAUGGGCACCGUUCUACAGACUCAAGAAACCGCUAUGUGUCGAGGGCUCCGAGGCCAGGCCAGGCAAACAACUUGGUGGGCUAUGUGUUCUGCCAGUGAAUGCCUGGGGCAAUGGGCAGAGACACAGCGGAUCGGAAAAUUUUCAGAGCUCCCAUGCCUGCGUCAACCAUCGGUUUGGUGGGACGUGGAAGCCGUGGAAGCAGAGUUGGAAGAAGUAUCUCUUUGGGUGA